AUGUCAGCUCUCAGCGCCGAAGACGGAGCCGGUCCAGAUGCCCCACUCGCUGCCGAGCCGGCCGGCAGUCGGGUGUGGCAAGCGUGCCUUGCGUGCCGGCGAAAGAAGAUCAAAUGUGAUGGCAAACAACCUUGUCACAAUUGCAGCUCCCGAGACCAGACUUGCGAGUUUCCUGGAACCAAAGACAAUGCGUCAGCAAGCCGGUAUUAUACCACGUCGUUUGAGGCCCGGUGUCAGCAGAUGGACUCCCUGUGUCAGAGGCUAGAGACUCUUACAAGCCAGUUGUCGCGAUCGCUGGAGGCCAUGCAUCAGUCACCAGGAGCCGGCUCUUUGGCAACCCCAAGCGAGGACCUACUGAGGGCUGCUCAAGUCCUCAACUCUCUGCCCAACGUUCAAGAGUCGGUCCUGGGGCUUCGAAACGCCUCUCAUGUGCAAGGCAAUGAGACUGGCAAUCUGGAUGGCAACCGAGUAAUGGCCCCACUACGUGUCCGCCAAUCUCAUGUCAACGACGACUUACUGGACUCGUCCGACAGCGACGACUCCGACACAAAUAAUGAUCAACAUCAAGAUGGUCCCGUCGAAGGACGCGACAGCGAGGAAAUCGGCCAGGUCGGUGCCUUGGUUCGUGAUUCAUAUGGGCGUCCCAGGUUCAUCGGUGGAGCCACACACAACAUCCUCAUAGAAGCUGCAAAGAGCCUGCUGCCUGCUGGUUUGACAACAACCCCUUCAUCAACUGGGGCGAGCCAAAGUGUGCUGAGCACCGAUGACCUCGAACUUCCACUCUUCGUCCGUGGGAAAGUGUGGCCCGAGCUGCCCUUCAUACCAAAACCAGAAGACCUUCCUCGACCUCUGCAGUACAUUGCAGAUCUUCUUAUCAGUCUCUACUUUGACAAACUGCACUACACAUUUCCGGUUCUCUUCAAGCCCCACUUCAUGCGACGCUACCAAAAAUACUAUCCCUGGCACCAGAACUCGCGGAAAGUCGACACGCUGAGUUCCUUCGACUUCAAGUGUCCCGCCGCAUAUGGUGGUGUAAUCACGUCUAUCUGUCUCGGCCGUCCAAUGGCUGUCCAAGACGACGACUGUGAUUGCGAGCUGCCUAUGGACAUGACGGAUGAAGACUUUGAACCCUACUACCUGAAGUCCAGAACAUACCAUCCGGCCAAGGUUGACAUCCCAUCCAAAGGACCAUGCAUCAUGAGCGGUUUCCUCGCGUUCGCCCGUCUCUCCCGACUGGCUGGCAAGAUCCAGCACCUUAACUCGCCCCUGAACCUUCGGAAACUCGCAUCUGCGGACUCCGCCAAGACACAAAGAUUUCUUUCCCGCGUUGAUACGUACGAUCAGGCUCUGCGAAAUUGGCUCGCAAGUCUGCCACCGCACAUUCAGUUCUCAGCCAACAAGAUGGAAAAGAGUCCAGGAGGCGAUCCUGCCUUGGUAAUGUGUGUCAUUAUCUUCAUCCUACAUGCGGGCUCUCUCCUGAACCUAUACCGGAAGUAG